CUUAGCGCUAAUUUUUUAUAUGUUUUCUCGUUUAAAAAGUGUCAAUUUUUAAAAAUCCUUUCCCUUUUACGGUUCAAUUUGAUUUGGAUAAUAAUUCUCUUUUUCUCUGGAAAGUUCGAAUUUUUUUUUGUUUGGAAGCUUGGAGAAAAUAUUAUACUCUUCUCAUUGAAUGAUCAAUUUACAAAUCCUCAUUUGAUCGAUCUUGUCAAUUUUUGAAAAAAAAAAUCUGAACUUUGAGAAAAGUUAUUGAGUUUCGAUAUCUGUCGGUCAUGGUUUGAUUGUGGCUGUUGGGUAAGACAACAAAUUAGGGUUUUUGAAUAGUUUGUGUAUUGAAGAUUGUCUGAAAUGGAAGCAGCUAUUACUCAGAGGAUUCAGUACCCAUCAUGGGUUGAUUGUAGAAAAGUUGAGUGUAAGCCGCAGCGUGGUUCAUUGCGGUAUUCUCAGCAGGUUAAGGUAGAUAGAAGGUUUAGAGGUCUUUCUUUGGCUCGCUUGCAACCUGAAAGAAGAAAUGAUCAACGAAGAGCAGUUUCUCCAGCGGUUUCCUGUUCUGAUAACAAUUCCUCAGCGUUGUUGGAGACUGGAAGUGUUUAUCCAUUUGAUGAAGAUAUUCUCAAGAGAAAAGCAGAAGAGGUUAAACCGUAUUUGAAUGGACGAUCUAUGUACCUUGUCGGAAUGAUGGGUUCUGGGAAAACAACUGUGGGAAAGUUAAUGUCCAAAGUGCUCGGUUAUACGUUCUUUGACUGCGACACUUUGAUUGAACAGGCGAUGAAUGGAACUUCUGUUGCAGAGAUAUUUGUUCAUCACGGAGAGAAUUUUUUUAGAGGAAAGGAGACCGAUGCGCUUAAGAAGCUCUCUUCGAGGUAUCAAGUUGUUGUUUCCACAGGUGGAGGUGCAGUUAUAAGACCCAUUAACUGGAAGUAUAUGCAUAAAGGAAUCAGCAUUUGGCUAGAUGUGCCUCUAGAAGCAUUAGCCCAUAGAAUCGCUGCUGUUGGAACUGAUUCACGACCACUGCUACACGAUGAAUCAGGAGAUGCAUACUCAGUGGCUUUCAAACGUCUCUCGGCUAUUUGGGACGAGCGCGGUGAAGCAUACACAAACGCAAAUGCCAGAGUCUCCUUAGAAAGUAUGUCUUCUUCAUCCAUCUUAUCUGCCAUAGCCUUUGUUCAAUCUGUGUAACUUCUUCUGGAAAUUUUGCUCUCCUUCCUUGUACGCGAAUCAUCAGAUAUUGCAGCAAAGCGUGGCUAUAAAAAUGUCUCAGAUCUCACACCAACUGAAAUUGCUAUCGAGGCCUUCGAGCAAGUUCUGAGCUUUCUAGAGAAAGAAGAAACUAUGGAGAUCCCAGACGGCGACCUCUAAUUUCCCAGCCUUCUUUUCUCCGUCUCUUCAUUUAUCUGUUUAAUCAACUAAACGAAGCAAUCACUCAUCACCAGGCCAUUGAGCAAGUUCAGAGACAAAGAAGACCUCUAGUUACUGGUUCCGGGUCAUUGGAGCUUACACGAGCCUAAUUUUGACUGGAACUAUGGUUUAUUGAAAGAAGAUUCAAUACAUGUAUAUAUAAAAUAUAUACUUUUUUUUUUGUUUCAGUAUCAUCCUUCUUCUCUUUUCCUUACAAUAAGAAUUAAGAAAAAGUAGCCGUGUUUGUUAACAUGGGCCAAGAACAA